CAAGACUGGGGGAAUUAUGGGAUGUCUCCCCGGCGAGGGGCGAGAGCUGCCGAGCGGGGAAACAACCAAAAUAUCGAAAUAUUAUUAAAAUAAGCCUAAGCACUCCUGGAAGUGCGUCGAGGCCACGCCCCAGCGUGGGCGGGGUCAGGGGUUACGCGUUUUGGCGGGAGAUCGGGGCAGCAGCUGUGUCUUGAGCUGGAGCAGCGGGACGCCUCCCUCGUGGGCUGGAUGGUGCUGGGCGCUGUACGGACAUGGAGCUAAAAGUCAGCCCUGCCUCUAUGCAGCUUGACGAGAAGCCGUGGGUAGACUGGAGAGCGUGAGGAAGCACCAAGGCAGUUUCUUACCCAUCGCAGUACCAAGGUCCUGUCUCCCUCGCUCUUUACUGGAGGCACUGACAGCCCAGAUGAGGUGACAGCCCAUCUCAGCAAACCCACAGGCAGUUUGGAUCAGCUAGCUGGGGUCUUAGGAGGACCAGGAAUGGCUCCAGUUAAAAUUAGCCACGUGGUGUCCUUCACAUCGCAGGACCCCAAGCACCCGGUGGAGAACCUGCUCUGUGAAGACAGCCUUCGCCCCUGGCUGAGCUGCCCCCGGGACCGGAGCAGGCAGCUCAGAGUGGAGCUGCAGUUGGAGCGAGCAAGUCCCAUUGGCUACAUAGACGUAGGGAACUGCGGCUGCGCCUUCCUGCAGAUUGAGGUGGGGCGCUCGUCCUGGCCUCCAGACCAGCCCUAUGUCACCCUGGUGCCCUGCACCACACUCAUGACACCGGCGGACUCGAAGCUGGACCGGAACCGCUCGGGGGUCCGCAUGUUCAAAGAAGGGGAUUUCCUGGCCAGUGCACGAAGUGAGAAGUGGGAUCGCCUGCGCGUCACCUGCAGCCAGCCCUUCAACAAGCAGACCCAGUUUGGCCUCUCCUUCCUGCGCCUCCGCACCCCACUGGACCCUGAUCACAGCCAGGCAGCACCGGUACCGCACCAUAGCUCGGAAGACUGUGAGCCGACUGCCAGCCCCUGGCUCGCCAACCCUGCUUUCCGCCGGACAUUUUUCCCUGAGGCACAGCCGAGCAUGGAGCAGCAGGAGGAGCUGAGGAGCUGCCUGCAGCAGCUGGAGCCUGGCUCUGGGUCCUAUCCCCGCAGCCCAGCUGGUCUCAGCCGGACAGCUAGGAUGGUGCUGUCAGCAACCCAGGCCCGUGCCUGCCCACCUCCACCUGCGCCCAGCAUGAGCUGUCCUGCUGCUGACGGCCUGGAGCAGCAAGCCCAAGACCCAGCUGCGAGCCCCACGGCAUCAGGCCCCAUGCAGGACAUCCAGGCCCCUCCAGCCCUGAGGACACCUAUGAAGUCGAGCAAGAGACGGAGAUCACAGGGGCCCUGGGGCAGGUCUCCACUGGCCUCCUCUGCUCAGGAAGGGACACGGGGAAGAACCAGGGGCCGGGGCCGGGGCCGAGGAGGAAGAAGGCCCAGCAGGCAGGGGAAUGAUAGAGAGGAGAACAGACAAGGAACGGAGAUGGGCACCUGCCCCAUCUGCGCAGGUUGCUUCCGCAUGGAUCUCCUUCCUGCUCAUGCCUCUGCCUGCGGGGAAGAUGACGGCUUUCCAGACCCAGACUUGUCUUGGGAGAAUCCCCCAUGCCAGGAGCCCCCAGAGGCCUGGGUGCUGUGCCCCAUCUGUGAGCUGCAGUUCAGUAGCACGGAGGUGGAGGAGCAUGCUAGCACCUGUGGGGAGCAGGCAGGAGCCCUGGACUCUCAGCCAUGGUCCUGGGUUGAAUAGGACUGGGCAGGACAGUUGCAAUUUAGGUAGCUCUUCCUGCCCUGCAUCGAGAUCUGUGCAUGUGAGCACCACACACACCAUCAGGCCACUGGAGCUCAGGAGGCUUGCCACAGCCAUUGUGGGCUGUAUGCCUAUCUCGGGCGCAUCAACCUUGGUCACAGCAGCAAUGGGUUUGGCCCUAGUGUGUUCUCUUCUUAUCCAGGGUGGGAAGCAGAUCCUCCUGUCUUCAGGCAGGCAUGUUCAUGCUUCCCUGGACUGUGCAGCUCCUGGUUUUGAAACCAAUGGCUGCUUGCGUUUGUCCUGGGGCAUGAGCUGGAACCUGGACUUCUGCUUCUCUCAGGCAAGAGGUUGCUGUUCUAAAUCCCUAGGCUCCAUCCCACAGGAGCAGUCAGUGGGGGUGGCACAGCCUGGAGGGAAUGGUAAUAUCAACCAGGUGCCUGUUCCUCGCUGGUGUUGGUCCCUGUGGCUCUGAUGCAGACGGCUGGAGGGUUAGACUUGGUCAUGUGUGCUGAAGCCAAGUGAGGCGAACACCAUUGGCCCUGACUGAGAACACUGGCCUCCUUUUGCUUGUGGGCCAGGUUGUUGAGUUUCAUCCAAACACCUUAGAUCGCCUAGCUCGGUCCUUGGAUAAAAGGAGGGACGUGCCUUCACUCUUAGUAAAGAAGCCUUUCAGUUCCUUGCUCAGAUCCACCUCCCCUGGGCAGUGAAGCCUUCAAGAGGCUCUGGCUUUUGUGUGCGAGCAGCCACGUCUCUUCCCCAAGGCCCCUUGGGAACAACGCAUGUGACGGGGUGUGAAUCUAGCAGCUGCCCUGCCACUUGGGUUGCAUCUCUGUCCAGCAAAUGCAAUAAACU